GUCUUCUAUUGGAAAACAUUAAUAUGGGCCCCAGUCGCUCCGUGGCAGAAUGUGCGCCAUCUUAUUAUCUAAUCGAAGUUUUGCCGGUACAGCUUAGUAGUUUCUUCCGGAAGUUUCUUUACACAAUGAAUGCGGGAAGAGUGAUUUGGACGCGAUUCCUUGGGCAGAUCGAGGGUGCAUUACCGCGUAAACUUGUUCCGUUUUGGAAAGCUCCAGCGGGUGAGUAUAUCAGAAUGAUGAUGUGUGUAAAUGCGAUGUUCACAAUCGCCUUCGAUCGACGAAGUUUAUAGUAUCGGACUUUAAACAGCAUAUGCUCAUAUUUCUUUGAUGCGUGUUUCACGUUUUUUUAAAACUUCGAUGUUCAAGGACCUUGUCCAGACAGUCAACGUUGGGUUUCUAUAAAGACAUCCUGUUGACGGCAGUGUCACCACGUCAAACGACCUUAUGAAUUUAAGCUUAUAUUAUUUUACAUUAAAACAAUAGAAGACCUCUUCCUUGUUUGCAUAGCCUGAUAUAAACUCGGGAGGGCUUGGUAGAUUUCGAGACAGUUACAUGUGUGCAAACCCGGGACGAAGUCGAGUCUCUGCGCGAGCAGAUUACAACACUACUGUAUCUGUGAGCAAAAUUAAAAGUUGUUCUCUUUUGCUCAUGUUAUAAAACAAGAAUUAGGCAGCUCAGCAUGUAUUAUUGAGUUAUGGUUGCACUUGGGAGGAUUGCUAGCCAAGUGCAUCUCUUACGCUUGAUUUGUACUUAUGUACAUGUAGCAACUUCCCACAUGCAACUAUAACUCAAUAGUACACAUAGCCUGAUUUUCAGAUGAGGUCGUUCAUGGCCCCUUUGCUUCUCUCCCUCUCCUCUCUCUCUCGAAGGGGCUGCAAAUGAUGUGAGACAUCUGAUAAUCAGGCUAUAGUACACACUGAGCCAUUUACCAUUUGUUAAGUGAAUAAACGAUUAUUGGAUGAGGUUUUUGUGAUAAUCUGGAAUGAUCAAGGUACCAAAUCUAAUAGUUAUUGCUUUGUUAUACAUUGUUUUGAGAAAAAUAACAACAAACGCACUAUGGCACAGAGCACAGGGCGUGAUCCAUUCAAUCUUAAUUUCUGGAAAUUCCAAUCAGAAGUCAAAUGGUACAGUCCAUCUUCGUUCAGUCUGACCAGAUACUUUGUAUCUGGGUCCACCUUUGAAGGUGGUGCACUUUGACUGUUUGGACCAAUCAACCAAAAUAAUUUUUCCCGUUCCUUUAGGACAAAUUAGUAUCACAUUAGGUCCAUUUAUACGAGGAAAAAUAAGAUGCGUCUUAAAUAAGACGCGAACUUUCCGUAUAAAUGGCACAUUUCGUCUAAAAUAAGACGCGGCUUAGUUAAGACGCGUCUUAUUAGAUAAGACAUGCUCGUAUAAAUGGUACAGUUCGCGUCUUAUUUAAGACGCGUCUUAUUUUUCCUCGGAUAAAUGGCCCUAUUGUUUCCGGGACUGCUGUUUCUGUCUCCUGCUUAUGAUAUUAUUGCUGACAUGGCAAGUGAUAAUUUUUAUAUCUCAUGAAAUAUAAAAUGUUAUUAUAUGAAUGAUAUUAAAUACUAAUACAGGCCUAGCCUCAAUGAACUGUAAAGUAAGGACAAAUUAUCAUACAUGUAAGUUGAUUUGGAACAAACAAGAUAGUGUAUGACUACAUUUUACAAUUGAGUUGUGAAACUUUCUGUACAUGUAUUUUUUCUUUCAGGUCCUCAGACUAUCUUUUUCUGGGCACCAGCUUUCAAGUGGGUAAGAUUCAUGAAUGUAAAAUAUUUAACCCUUGGAGGACUGUUUUGGCUGUUUUCAUUCUGCAUGAAACAAUGCAUACAAUGUAUUUCCUUUCUAAACCUAUUUAGCUUUUGGUUUAAUCGUUUACAUUGGUAAACAAUGAAUUCAGCAAGGGUAGCUCUUUGCACAGGUACAUCAUUUCAAAUCUGACCAACCCUGCCAGAGUUAAAUGCAAAAACCUCCCAACGUUUUGAGGAAAACUCCACUGUCAAUUUUGCUGUUUACCUUUUGCUCAUUCCAGAUGAAAUAUUCUCCUUUCCUGAAAAAAAUAGCAUCUAUUGUGGAUGCUAUUUUUUUCAGGAAAGGAGAAUAUUUCAUCUGGAAAUUGAGCAUGACUGCAUAUAAAAAAAGAAAGGCAAAGGAAAAAAGGGAGCAAGAUAGGAAGAUUCAAAUAGAUUUUCAAAGAAAAAACAAGACAAAAAAGAAGUCCAAAUUUAGGCAUACAUGUAUGUGCAUGUGCUUACUGCAUAGGAUUAGUAUGCAAAUUGGCUGAAAACCAAAAAAAGUUUUUGGUUAAUAGUUGCAGCUUUUCAUUCCUUACAUGUAUUUGGCAGUUGCCCAAGGAUUUACGGUGUUUAGUAGAGUUUGAUUCUCAACCACUGUUUGGUAUUAUUCAGGGACUUGUAUUUGCUGGAAUAGCUGAUCUUGCCAGGCCAGCAGACAAACUCAGUCCAUCGCAGUCCACUGCUUUAGCCGCUACAGGUAAGCACACAUUGCAUGAGUUGUAUCUACAUGUAGUCUCCAAUGCAGCUGUUUUUAUCUUGUCAUGCGAUGCUCCUCCCUAAGAAAUGGCUGUUCACAUUUGAACUACAUUUCCUUUCUAAAUUGUUUUAUCAGCCCACACAAAUGACCAAUUAUUUAUCAGCAAUUACACGCAGCUUUAACCCGAGAUCAGGCCCAAUUUUAGCGGUUCUCAUACAUUCUCUCUAGUGGCUACUGCUGCCCGCCAGAAUGUUAUUUACAAAGCGCGAGCAUGAGUUUUCAGCUAUAGGUAUCUCAGAAACGUGGCUAAAUGAUAUUAACGAAGAUUAUGUAAACAUAAUACUGGCUAUUGUUUCAUCUCAUUGAAUAGAGUGGGUAGGCUUGGUGGGGGCGUAGGCCUUUAAUUACGUGAAACUUUCAACUUUAACAUUAUGGAAACCAUAUAUUGAUUUUGUCUCCAAAAAAAUGUUGAAAAGUGUGGGAAUUAUUGCAAAAGCCCGCUUUUACCUAUCAUCCCAAACUUUGAUGACCUUGUAUUACUCCCUUGUAUUUCCUUACUUAACAUACUGUAAUGUCGCUUGGUCCUCCACCUAUUGUUCCAAGCUGAACUGUCUUUACCUUUUGCAAAAGCUUCUAGUACGGCUCAUAACAAAAGCUCACUAUCUAGCAAAUACCGCCCCUUUAUUUAGCCAGCUUAAAGUCCUUGACAUAUUUAGUAUUAAUUCAUUUUCUGUCGCUACUUUUAUGUAUUCUUAUCACCAUAAUCUUUCGCCUAGUAGCUUUCAUGACUUGUUCUUAAGUAGUAAUCAAGUCCAUCAAUACGAAACUCGACUAGCCUCUCAGUAUAGACCUCAUUUUUGUAGAACAAAUAUAAAGCAAUUCAGUAUCCUUUACUGAGGACCUAAAAUCUGGAAUUCGUUGCCUGUUUCCUUAAUUAGCUCUCCUUCUAUAUUUGUUUUUAAAAAAAAUGUAAAGAAUUAUCUCACUGAUGGCCGAUCUGUCACUCAGUUUUCUGAUCUUGCUCACUCUGCACUCAGCCAUGAAUUUAGUUCAUUAGGUAGUUGAAGGAAGCCUAUUAAUAUAAGCUUCAAGCUUCAGUAGGCUUCCUUGUCACAUUAAUUUUAUAAUUUAAUUAACAACUUUUGUUCAUGUUGUAUAAGGUUUUGUGAGUGAGUAAAUAAAAUAAAUAAGUACGAAUAAGGUACUUGAUCACAUGCACAAAAGGUCUGGGUGAAUAUUCAGGUAGAUUCAUCCACGAUCUGAAUCUGUUGGUUCAGAAUGAUGUCUGUUGUGGAUGCAGUAUUUAAAAAGUUGAUUUUUUUUUUUUUUGCAGGAUUGAUAUGGGCUCGAUACUCGCUGGUCAUUAUCCCUAAAAACUGGCUUCUUUUCAGUGUAAACAUUGGUCUGGGAUUAACUGGAAUAAAUCAGCUUUGUAGAAUAGCAUAGUAAGUAAUUCCCAAAUAAAAUGCAGUUAAGUCUCAAUUUCAGGUAGUAGGUUGAAUGUUACAUAUAUGUUUUAAUCUUUUCUUGACUAACUUAAGGGUAAGCAUUAAAUUAAAGUUAACUAAGGUGAUUCCCUGAGAAGAAGUAACUCUGCCACUUUCCAAAAGUGUUUCCAACACUGCAUGUUGCUGAGAUACAUGUACACUUAGGAGGAAGUAUGCUUUAGAAAUAGGAAGUGGUGUUUUGUUUUGGUUCGGUUUUGUGACACAGCUACAUGAAAAUCCCAACUAUUAAACAAUAUAUUAAUGUUUCAACAAACAUUUUCCAUACUGUCCUUACGCUCCAACAACAGCAACGCUGUACUAAUGGAAGACGGACUAAAAAACUGACUUCUCAUUACACUGUAUUCCAAGCUUUUUUGCAAUUAUCCCACCUUUUUGCUCAGAAAUGUAAAAGUAGAAAAUUAACGUGGACCUAAAAAGAUAGAUACUGUGUAAUUUAUGGCUUUGCCAUUCAUACUCCAAAAAAGAUAAAAACUGGUUCAUUUCACCUCUGUUAAGAAGGAAGGGAAAAAAAUUUGCAGUAAGGAAGAUGUACACACAGAGGUUAUAUGUUUUGCUCAUUUACCCUAUGUUUCUUCUGACAUUCCCAUUACCUUUGCCGUCAUAAUUAAAAAGGAGUUUAGUAAGCCACUUUGUCCUUGUGAAUUUCGUAUAGUGGAUGAGGAAUUUUUUGCAACAUUUAAACAUAAAAGAAAAUCAAUUUCUAGUUACAGGUAUUCCCAAGCACAGCUGGAAGAAGAAAAGAAUUAAUCAAUGAAAAGCAGGAGAAGAAUUAUUACUACAGUCUGUGAAGGCUUGGGAAUAUAUCCCUAAAUUUAGAUUAGACAAUGAGAUCCAAGUUGCUCUUAAUUAGCACUAUUCACUGAGUACAGCUUCUUCUGUGAUAAUUUACAUGUAUUUCAUAAAGGGAGAUAGACAUUUCUUUUCAUAAGUAGGUGGAAUGUGAUAAUCCAGUUGAGUGUAGUCCAAAUCCUGAGUAGGAAUGUUGAUGACUCAGUGACUGAGGUUUUAACAACCAGUGUCACAGUAGUCAUCUUGUGAGUCAACGUGACUUUGGCCAAUCAGGACAAUGCUGACACUCACCCUGGGCCCAGUUGUUCAAAGGCGGAUUAGCACUUAACCAGGGGUUAAAUUUAACCCGGCUUUCUUUUUUGUGUUCAAAGGCAUUUUCUCGGAUAAUUUUCUCUGUUAUUUUCAGAGCUUCGAGUCAGCAACUUGUAAACAAAAAGAAUUAAAACUCUGGGUUAUCUUAACCCGGCUUUGAAUAACUCAGCCCAGAUGAUCAUAUUCCACCUACUUAUGACAUGACUCCUAGGUUGCUUUUCUCUAAAAUAUAGAGGUCGAAAGUCAAGUAAUGCAAUAUUUACUGGUAUUUUUAGAACAAAGUAAAUCAGUCAUGACAAGUGAUGGAUAAUUUAAUGUUUAUACAAUGUACGGUAAACGUAUAUAAGAACAAUGCACCUCUGAUGCAAGUUUUGAGCAUGCUUGAAGACUGUACCUAAAAUUAGGCUAAUUUACAGUGACUUUCUAUAGUGCUGGUGUAAUGGUAAAACAUCCAGGCAGCAUGAAAACAAUGCAAACUUUGUUGAAUUUAGCAAUUUGGAUUUAAAUAAUAUACAGGCUUUUGAUAAAGUUUCCCAAAGGAACUGCACUAGUAUUUUUUAGUCUUAAAGGUAAAACAAUAAUUGUCAUAUCUAAUUUGAGCACCAAAACAGAGGGUAGGCAUGUUAUUAUCCUUGAAGGUGUAAGAAUGAUGCAGUUGAAUAGGUUCUUUCUUCUUAAUACACAUGCAACAGUCUGAUACAGAAAACUGAAGACCAAAACUGGAUUGUAAAUUCAAAAGAACACACCUUUAGAAUUAUUGUGCUUAGCCUCAGUUUUUUAGGAUGUAGAUUACUAGAGAGGGACCUAGAGUGUAUAAUGUACCAUAAAUUCUACUUAAAAAUACAUUUUAAGCUUAGAUUUUUAAAUAAUAAUUAUUUUCCUCAUAUUUGUAAUAAACAUAUUAUUUUUUAUUACAUUGUUUGUUGACACAUGAAAAGAAACACUGAAACACACCUUGUAUACAUUUCAUGUUAUGGUGCAUAUCCAUUUUUUCUUUUAAUCAUACAUUAUGGCUUUAUUUAAAGAGUACUGAAAAACAUAGCAACAUGGUAUUUAUUCACUUUAUG